AUGGCGGCUUGAGAGGAGAGUUUUGUUUCGGACAGUGCUGACGGGCGACCCGGCGACGAGGCGCAGAGGACAUGGCACACAAUAAAUCUAAUCUUUUCCAUUGGGAAAGGUUUACCGACAGCAAAAGAGAUGCUCCCAGGUCAAAAAUGGAACGUGAUGAUAUUCAAGACUGGAUUAAAAAAGUCGAACAAGCAUCUGAAUGUGCUAUCACAGAAACAUUUUUCUCAAAGAAGGCGAAUCAAAAUUCGAAGGCACGAGGAUAUGCUGUGGUCAUGGAGACAAUUGAUCAGCUUCAUGAUCAUGAUGAUGCAUAUGUUGAAGCUCAAGAAUUACUCACUGAAUGGAUGAACUCUAAAAUAAGGCUGGAAUUGGAAUAUAAUGAAAGUGAAGAUCUGCAACAUCAUCUGAAUUCCUCAGAGGAACCUACAUAUUCCCCACCAAUGAGCUCAGUAGCGCCAAAAUAUGAGACGUUUGAUGACAUGUAUAAUUACCUGGAUCAAGAAAAAGAGAGUACCAUAGCUCAGACCUUCUUACAGAAGCUGCUGCAAAAGAAGGUGGCGGAAUCUGGCUUCUUUGAUGAUCUGGGGAUGGAUGCUGAAAGUCAGCAGAAAAAGCACCAAGACCCACGGCUCACAAUGGAGGCAAGACACAAACAGGUGAAAGAGAAUCGUUUAAAAAGGCAGGCUGCAUUGGAGAGCCAGAAGCAAAAGGAAAUCAGGAAAAAAAUAGCUUAUGACAAAGCACAGCAAUUGGUUCAGGAGGAAAAAAGGAAGAAAGCUUCACAGGUGAAGAAAGAAGAUGGGCAAAUUAAGAAAGCGAUGGUGCAGUUACGGAAAGAAAUGCUUGAAAAGAGACUCAUAAUGGAAGAGGCAAGGCGAUUUGAACGAGAAUGUAUGGAAGCAGAGAAAACCCGGCAGAUGCUAUUUAAAGGAAAAACUCAACAUGUGUUAAUGGAAUUCCAGGAGCAACAGAACCAGGCACGACAAGCAUUUGUGCAACGUCAAAAAAUGCAGGAAGUUCAAACCAGGAUCAAUGCUCACCAUCUCCGGUCUCUACAGAAACCUUUUUCAGCCUGGUAUAAAGUGGUCCUGGAACAUAGGAUAAAAAUGGGGAAAGCCAGAGCUUUGUUUGAUUGGAGAAGUCAGUUUCGAGCAUUCCAGGGAUGGAAAACGUUUGUAUGGACAAAGAAACUGGAGCAGGAGACUCGGCGCACUGAAAAGGAAUUACGGGAGGAGAAUAGGAAAAAUCAACUUGCAAUCAAAUGCAACAGGAAACGGAUCCUUUACUACUACUUCACAGACUGGCGACUGUGGUGCAAAGCUGAGAGAGAAAGGAGGGAGUUGGAAGCAAGAAAAGAGGAGACCAAACAGAAAAUGGCAGCACUGCUGGAUGCUGCUUCUUCAGGGAAACUGAGGGCAGACAAAGUGCCAGAUUCUAGCAGGAGUUUAAAGUGUGCAAAUGAGCUUCAGCAGACUAACUUUACUCAACAGAAAAUGGAAGAGGUUAAGAAAGAAGAUAUUUUCCCUGUAGUUGAUUGUAAAGUGAGGGAAAGCAGCAAAACUCAGCAUCCAAUUCCCACAAAACUAAAAUAUGCCUGGCAAGUUACUCGUCAACAUGCUGCACUGAGCUCAGGGGAUAUUGCUCACUUCCACACUGAGAACAAAAUGUCAGAGGAAGACCAAAGUAGUCAACAACUAAACUCUGACACUGCAAGGAAGAGAAAGUUUUUACAGAGCAACUUCCAACAUCGUCACAAUUUCCAGCAGCAACUCAUUGUGGAGCAGAGGAAACAGCUUCAGCAACAGCAGGAUAUGAUCCUAGAGCUGCAAGAAAACCAACGUGUGAUAAUGUUGCAACAAGAGGCGAAGCUUGCUUCUGACAUAACCACAGCCCGUCAUGAAAACACAACACAAUCUGGAAACGUCCUGCCUGAAAUGAGAGUUCCCUCAGCAAGGUCGCCAGCUCCCCUGUGUGUUGAGGAAUCUAACUGUGCCAGAAGCACUGUAAUUGAUUGCAGCAAAAACAAUCGGCACUUGGUUGCACCUCAUCCAGUUGUGACAGCAAUGGAGGAAAGAGCAAGGCAGCGCAUGGCACGGAAAAAAGAAUUGGAGGAGAUCAAACAAAAAAAAGAGGAAGAAAAACUUGCACAGUUAAAAGCAGAAGAAGAAGAGCGGCAAAGACAGCAAGAGGCUGAGAAGCAGACACUUCUAGAAAAAAAGCGAAAAGAGAAAAGAUUACAACAACAGAGGGAAGUUGAGAAGCAACUGAGAUUGGAACGAGAGCAACAACUGCAGUUUUCUGCAGAGAAGCACUAUCAGGAUUUUCUUCUACACAAGCGGGGUCUGGAACCAUGGAAGAAACUUGUAAAAAUGUCCAAGCAGAAGAUGAAGCUAGCAGAAGAACACCACGUGGCUAUAAUCCUACGGUUAUGUCUUUGUUCCUGGCAUCAGAUUGUAAGAGAGACACUGGCUAAAAAUAUACUCAAAGCUGAGAAAGUAUACCAGGAGAUUCUCCUGAAAAGGUGUUUCAAAAACUGGAUAAAGUGCAAGGAUUAUGUCAUCAUAAUUGAAGAGAAAGCAAAGCAACAUUACCUGGCAACUUUAAGAAGAACCUACUUCAUUUUCUGGUUGGAUUUUGUGACUGAGGAAAAGAUUGCAUCACGGGAAAAAGAAAGAAUUGGAGUAGAACAUAAUCAGAGGAGAAUAGUCAAGACAGCUUUCAGAGCAUGGAAAAGAUUACCAAUGCUCAUCAAAGAAGAAGAAAAGAAGCAAGUGAUUAGACAACAACUCAGAAAGAAAGUUAGUGAAAUUCUCCCUGACUUUCACACAGAAUAAGAAAAUGAUUAAAGGGAGUUGCCAGUUAAUUCAGGUUUGCUUAGGAAGCAGUUCUAUACAGACUGGGAAGCAGUUCAUUUGGAUAUGGGAAGCAUUUGAGUAGAGGCAAGACACUUGGGUGGAGGAAGCAAAGCCGAGCUUACUUACAUCUUGCCUGCCUUCUAGUGGCUGGCUAUAGGACUGUUAUGCUGAAGACCAACUGUUUAGUCACAGAAUAAUGACUCAGCUGAGAGGGCAGGAGAACAAAAUAACUUUUCAAGCACUUUUAUUUACAAGGUAUGAUCUAUUUCUAAAUCUUAACUGUUUCAGAAUACGUUUCCCUGAAAAUGGAGCAGCACUUUUGUGACCUAGGUCAGUUAACUGUUGUCAGGUGUGAGCAAAAUGCAAUAAAUUGAGAGAGGGGGAA